CCGUUUCCCAUACCCAAAAGGUGACGGCCCCCUUUCCCUCUACCUCGACUGCUACUUGCUAGACAGACGACUGCACUACCUACCUGCCUGCCUGCCUCUCCCUCCUGGACCUCUUCAUCGUACAUACUGUUUGCUGCUGCUCAGCCUUCCCACCCCCUUCUCCCCGAGAGACCUCGCCUUUGUCUUAUCUUUCAUAGUUCCUUAGCUACAUUCCUACCCAGCAAGCAGCUUUCCCACCCCGCGACGCCGAGUACCUGUCGAAUCCACAUCCCACCAACCUCCCCCCACCAGCACCAAUGUCUGGCCGAUUCGUGCGCGCGUCGAAGUAUCGACACGUCUUCGGCAAGCCCACCCGGAAGGAAUUCUGCUACGACAACCUUCACAUCAGUAGGAAUGCUUGGGAUACGAACCUGGUGAAGGUCAACCCGGAUUACCUCUCGGUCAAUUGGGAGUCUGGUGGCGGCGGCGCAUUUGCGGUCAUCCCCCUGAGCGAGAGGGGAAAGAUCCCCGACGUAAUCCCUCUAUUUCGCGGACACACAGCGGUGGUGUUGGACACAGACUGGCACCCCUUCAACGACCGCAUCAUCGCCUCCGGCUCCGACGAUGGCAAGAUCUUUAUAUGGGAGGUCCCCAAGGACUUCACCCUCUUCACCGACGCUGAGGAGCCCGCGGACGUGACGCCAGUGAGCAAGCUGGCCGGGCACUCCAGGAAGGUCGGCCAGGUCCUCUUCAACCCCGCCGCCGAGAACAUCCUCGCCUCUGCCUCGGGCGACUUCAGCAUCAAGCUGUGGGACAUCAGCACCGGCCAGUCCCCGCUGGCGCUGAAGCACAACGACAUCGUCCAGUCGCUGUCAUGGAACGCCUCCGGAAACCUGAUGGUCACGACCUCCAGGGACAAGAAGCUGCGCGUGUGGGAUGUGCGCCAGGAGAAGCCGGCGCAUGUCGGGCCCGGCCACGAGGGCGCCAAGAACAGCCGUGCCGUGUGGAUGGGCGAGCACAACCGUAUCGCGACAACGGGUUUCUCCCGCAUGAGCGACCGACAGCUGGCGCUCUGGGAGCCGGGCAGCGACAAGCCCAUCGGCGGCUUCAACAACCUGGACUCCAUCUCUGGUGUCUGCAUGCCCUUCUGGGAUGACAGCACCAACUGUCUGUACCUUGCCGGCAAGGGCGACGGUAACAUUCGAUACUUCGAGUACGAGAACGACAAGUUCGAGUUCCUCUCCGAGUACAAGUCAGGCGACCCACAACGAGGCAUUGGCUUCAUGCCCAAGCGCGGUAUCAACCUUCACGAGAAUGAGGUCAUGCGCGCUUACAAGACUGUCAACGACCUGUACAUCGAGCCCAUCUCCUUCACCGUGCCCCGUCGCGCCGAGACCUUCCAGAGCGAUAUUUUCCCGCCAUGUACGGGAUCCAAGCCGGCCAUGUCCGCCUCCGAGUGGCUCGGCGGCAAGACCGCGCUCCCGCCAAAGAUCGACCUCGAGAGCAAGUACGAGGGCAAUGCGCCCGUAGAGGUCGCCGCCGACUACAAGCCGCCCGCAGCCGCGCCGGCACCAACACCUGCGCCCGCCGCCAAGCCUGCGCCAAAGCCCGAGCCCGAGCCGACCCCCGUGCGCGCGGCGCCACCAUCUGUCGCCCAGCAGAAGGGCUCCAUGGCCGCGGCGGCGUCCAAGUUCCAGGACGACGAGGACGACAAGGACGACGACGCCGAGACGUCGAGCUUCGAGGAGGUCCAGAAGCCAGUAUCGAGAGCCGCCCUGCCCGUGCGGUCGGAGCCCAAGCCCCAGCCGGCGCCCUCGCCCUCGCCCAUCAAGGCCAGCACGCCGGCGGUGGCGGCCCGCAGCCCGCAGCCGUCGCCGGCGCUCCCGCAGCCCGGCGGCGGGUCCGGGUCCGGGUCCGGGUCCGUCAGCGUGGUGGAGUCGCUGGAGCAGAUCAAGCAGCUCAUCGAGGCGCAGACGCGGGUCAUCACGGCGCAGGGGGAGAAGAUCACGGCGCAGGGGGAGGCCAUGGCGCACCUGACGGGCGAGGUGGAGACGCUCAAGAAGAGGGUCGUCUCCGGGUCCCACGACCAGAGCGAGAGGAUCAGGCAGCUCGAGCUGGAGCUGGAGGAGGCGCGGUCGUGAGCCCCGGGGGUGGAAUGGCUGAACGAGUGAGUGGUGCCUUUGAGGAUGAGAUGGGGAAGAAAAGGUUGUCGUGUGUCUGUGUGUCUGUCUGUCAGCGUGUAAUCGGAUUUGUGGGGUGGUGAUGCUGGGGGGUGGUGGUUACUGCUACUGCUGCUGCUGCUGCUGCUGCUGAGUUGGGAACAACUUGGUGGUGGGGACGAGGUGAGAAGAGAAGAAUAAAUCAAAACAUGUUCAUGCCCCUUUUUUUGUGUUGGUUUAUCGAUUGAUGCGUGAUGGGUGAUUAAUGGAAUUGGCACGCCGCAGGAGGGUCUACGAUCGGUUUUGGUUAUGCGGAGAGGUAUGUAUAUAUAACCGGGACUCUCGUGCGGGUGCUCGAGGAGCUCCCAGUUGACGUGCCGACUUCUUCCUGCUCGGUGGUUGGGCCACGCACGGGUGGGCUUGACUAUUGGAUUAAUUUCCUGUCGGGUAGG